UUUUUUUUUUUUUUUUUUACAAGGAGAUUCAACUCGAUUAUUGUUAUUCAUUAGAAUUCGUGGAGUUAUUAUUUAUCAUUAAAGUAGAACUGGCUGUUUGAGGAUGUUUUGAGAAGUACAGAUACAAGUUUGGAUGGUAAGAGAAGCCAGAACCAUCAAACAUGGCUUUCAACACACUAACCUCAAGAGCUGUGCUCCUAUAUGAUGAGUGGAUCAAGGAAGCAGAUCCACGGACAGAGAACUGGCUCUUGAUGGCAUCCCCGUUCCCCCAAACAAUCAUCAUCUCGACCUACAUCUACUUUGUGACCUCACUGGGCCCUCGGCUAAUGGAGAACCGCAAGCCAUUUGACCUCAAGCGACCAAUGAUCAUCUAUAACUUUGCCAUUGUGGCGUUCUCCAUUUACAUGAUUUAUGAGUUCCUCAUGUCUGGUUGGGCGAACGGAUACACCUAUGGGUGUGACAUCGUGGAUUAUUCUAGCUCUCCUCAGGCUCUCAGGAUGGCAUGGACAUGCUGGCUGUACUAUUUCUCCAAAUUCAUUGAGAUGCUGGACACUGUAUUCUUUGUCCUGAGGAAAAAAAACAGCCAAGUAACUUUCCUACAUGUCUAUCAUCACUCAAUCAUGCCAUUCACCUGGUGGUUUGGAGUCCGAUUUGCCCCAGGUGGUCUGGGAACUUUCCAUGCCCUUCUGAACUGUGUUGUCCAUGUCAUAAUGUACACCUACUAUGCUCUCGCUGCUCUGGGACCGGCCUACCAGAAGUACCUGUGGUGGAAAAAGUAUAUGACCACAAUCCAGCUGAUCCAGUUUGUGAUGGUGACCGCCCACAUUGGCCAGUUCUUCUUCAUGAAGGACUGUCCUUACCAGUUCCCUGUGUUCCUCUACGUUAUUGGUCUGUAUGGGCUGAUCUUCUUGAUCCUGUUCCUCAACUUCUACUAUCAUGCCUACACCAAGGGUAAGAGGCUUCCGAAAAUUCUCCAGAAUGGAAACUACCUACAUAAGAAGACCGAGUAAUUCUUCCCUUGGCCACCUACAAAUGAACCUCUAACCUAAAAGUUGGAACAUUCCUUUGAAUUUCAUUAUGUUUAAGGUUCCACUCCCCUGUUUUAUGUUAAAACUAUUGUGGAAUACCACUGUAUUACUGGAUUUCAUAUUUCCAAACGCUCACACUGGUGUUUCACUAGAGAUGCUAUCCUCAUUUUUGUCUUCACUCAAGGUUUUGAAAUGAGAGUGGGGUGGGAUACAGUAUAUUUUGUUUGUUCUAAUAUCCUCUACCUGUAAAUAUGAGUCCUCCACUUUGGAAUAUGAUUGAACUGCUGGCCAAAUCAGAAAUGAGGUUAUGAGAGCAUGUUGAAGGUGAUUUGAUGUUUAUUGUUGAAUGGGGUUUUUGAAGGUUGUGUUUUGGUUUUAACUAAAUGAGCCUGAUGCCCUUUUACCAUUGAGAAACUCUUGACUGAUAACCUGGCUGUGCUCGAACCUCCAAAUUUACCAAAUUCCACAGAAGGGACAUCAUAUGAAAGUUAUGCAACGCUGUCUAAAUGCUUUGUGACUAUUUAUUCGAUUGUUUAUUUAAUGUUAACCACUUCUUAAUGUGAUCUUUUUAAUAAAAAAAAAAAAAAAAAAAAUGUGUUUCUGAUUAACUGUUAUGGUUUUAUGUAUUUAACUGAUUUGAGCAAGGGAAUAGCAAGACUGGAUUGACGCCCUGUGAUAUUUUCCUUGUUUUUGUUGUUUUUAAACCUUCUAAUUUUGUU